AUGGAGCGCAAGCUAUCUAAAAAGGCAACCAAGAUGCGCCGCCGCUUCACCUUCACCCGUGGAUCCCAGGCCGGAGAGAGGGACUCGACGAUGAUCACAUCUCCCGGUUCCAACCAGUCCAGCACCCGUCCCCGUUCAGCUACAAGUCCACGCUCUUCAACCCCAGGCUCUUCAACCUCAGGAGAUCUGCCGUGGCAGUAUGAUGCAAGCCGACAGGACGACUUCACCGAUGAGCCAGGAUUCUUUCGUCCCGUUUCCCCGUUGAUCGACCGACCAAAAAUUGACACCGAUUUGGAGAUUGACGUCAAACACGCUUGUACACUUCUGGCACAUAGUGUCGAGCGAGGAAUCCCGACUGGUUUAUUCCCCCAGACUGAAGCUCAAGUGCCGCCAUCUGCCAAUUCACAUCAGCCCGUGCAAUCCAGGCAGAAACUUCUCGCAGUAUCCUCCGAUCAGGCGGCCUGUCUACCUCACCCGAAAGAUCUCGGGGCUGAGACCCAGUCUUCCAAGGACAAACAUGACUCUGGGGUCGCAAUGGGCUCCGAUUCUUCCGAACAGCCUGGGGCUGCUACGGGCAGCGCGAGGUUCUAUGAAAAAUAUCUCUCGAUUUCCCCACCUCAGGAAGAAACGCUGGCCCGAGGCCGUUCCCGGGGUAUGAGUUUUGACGCAGAUAUCACUUCCCGAUCCCGCUCCUCGAGUCCCGGGCUGUUUCCCUAUAGUCCUCCGCAGCUGGACCUCCAAUUUCCCCUGGGACAGUCAUUGCCCGGUAGUCCAAGAAGUAAAGGCCAGCCGCAAUCCCCGUGUGCUGAACAUGUCGAAAAUAGCCAUGCCAAAGCGAGUGAUACAGGUCUCGGGGCUGAAGGGGUGACCUGGCUCCAAGCCAGUGUGGAUAUCCAACAUCUCCGUCAACCUGAUGUUGGGAAAGAUUCAUCUCAAAGAAAUGGUCAAAAAUUGCCAAUCUCGUCGGGUCCUCCGCUCCGCCGAUUUUACAGUGAUUGUCAAUUACUCAAAGCCUUUGCUUCCCAGGGAUUGGUCACCGACGCCCCCUGGGAAAGUCGGGACUCCAGUAUCUUCCGCAAUGCUUCGAGAGGGAGUCUUGCCACGGAGGACACAAGCCGCGACAUCCCAGAUCUGUAUCGUGCCCGACAUCACCAUCCAACAAUUUAUUCCAUGGCAGCUCCUAGUGUUCAACCUGGGCACAAACGCGGACGAGCAUCUCAGUUGCUACGAAAGUUGGCGGGCCUAGGAAUGUGGCGGAAAGUGACGGAUCCAUUCGCCCAAAAUCCACCAGGACAAACAGUCGAAGCGAGUGAUUAA